UCAUUAACAAAAUAUACCAAAUGGUAUAUUUUUAAAACAGCUGGAAUUAUUUUAUAAUUUGACUGAUUUCUCAAUUUCCACCCUCAAAUCCUCCUAAUGUUCCGACUGAUUUCCAUUUGAGAAAUAAUGCUUCUCCACCUCCCUCUCUAAUCCCUCCCUAUCUCUCUCUCUCCCUCCAAAAACCCCAAAAGAGAAGAACAACUAAAAAAACACACCCAAAGCCUCCCUCUUUGCCUCUUUGGCAUCUAUAUAUCGGGUCGGGUCGGGUUAGUCGGGUCAGUUUUUGACAGCUCUGAACCCACUACUGAUGCAUCAAAGUUUCAGAGUAAUAAGAAGAGACAAAGAAAGAAGAAAAGAAUUAUAGUAGGAAUUAAGUACUUGGUAUUGAUUCUCAAACCUUUUUGUCAAAAAGGCAAAAAAGGAGCUCUUUUGUUUGGUUGUUUUGUUCUUGUCUUUCAACAAUGACGACCAAGAUUAAAGGGAUGUGCAAAGGAUCAUUCAAAUACAUCUCCAAUAUAUUUGUGGUUAAAGAACGUGAGAUGGAAAUUGGGCUACCAACAGAUGUAAAACAUGUGGCUCACAUCGGUUGGGAUGGUCCAGAUGGUACAACUCCUACUUGGAUGACUGAAUUUGGAACAGGCUCCGAUAUUGCAGUCGGGUCAAUGGGUAGUGUGGGUGGUUCAAGAGAUCAAACGUGGACGUCUCAAGAUGUUACAGAUUUUGAGCGGACUUUUGGAAGACAAACAUCAACGGCUAAGUUAAGUAACUUCCCUCCAUCAAAUCUACCGAGUAAUUCGAAGAAAUCAAGGCGGAAGAAGAACAAAUCGACAAAUUCCUCUCCAAAGUCGGGAUCAACAAGAUCCUCGCGAUCAUCCAAGUCUCGGUCUAUGCUAGGGGAGAGCGAGGAGGGAAGCAGACGCAACAGCGUGCACGUGUAGAUUGUCACAGAGAGAUUAUUAACAUGGUUAACUUACAAUGUGCAUAGAAAAAUCAUGUUUUUUUUUUGAAAUGUCCCUUUUUGUAUGUUAAAAGGAAAUGUAACCAAACUGCACAAGAUUAGAAAUGGGUGGAUUUUUGGAAAAAAAAUUAAAUACUC